AUGUUCAAGUACACGUCUGCCGCAGUCGCUCUCGCUCUCGUUUGUGGUAUCGCCUCCGUCGGAGGUGCACCUCACCACGCGACACGGGACCAGGGCCAGAUUCCCGACGUGACCGUCCUCCAGUUCGCGCUGACCCUCGAGCAUCUGGAGAGCGCGUUUUACAACGGGGCGCUCGAGAAGUUCGACGCGAACGCGUUCGCGAGCGCGGGCUUCCCGCCCUGGGUGCGCGAGCGGUACGAGCAGAUUGCGGGCCACGAGGCUUCGCAUGUCGCGUUCCUGACGAAGGCCAUUGGGGAGAACGCGACCAAGCCGUGCACGUACAACUUCCCGUACACGGAUCCAAAGAGCUUCGCGGCUUUGAGUCUGUCCAUCGAGGGGGUCGGAACGGCUGCGUACACCGGAGCAGCGCAUUUGUUGUCUAACCCGGACGACAUAAAUGCCGCUGGAUCUAUUUUGGCUACGGAGGCGCGCCAGACGAGCUGGAUCCAUAGCGCGGUGAACAAGGGCACACCUUGGUCGGGCCCGUACCAGACGCCGCUAACACCUUCUGGCGCGUACUCCUUGGCUUCUCCAUUUAUUACAUCGUGCCCCGAGAACAACCCAUCUCUGCCGGUCAAAUCGUUCCCUGGCCUUACCAUCAGUCCCUCAAUGCCCAAGGCAGGGUCCACGAUCGAAGUCGCCGUCGACAAGUCCGACACCGCUGGCAUGUUCAUGGCGUACUACAGCGGCUUGUCUGUUCUGUCGUCCGAAAUUCAGAACGGGGAGACGGUGAUUCCAGAGGGGUUACAGGGAGUAGUAUUCGCUGGCGUUGUCUCCGAGAAGCCUACAGAGGGCAAGCGGCCUACUGACGAAACUAUGAGGAGCGGGCUGGUUGCUAUUGAUUUCGGGCUACCUGCUGAUGCGAAGGUAGAAUCACCUAUGUAG